AUGUACGUUGAGGGAUACGACACUUCGCUUUCUGGCCUUAGUCUCGUUUUGUCUAUGAGAAAACAUUUCAAAUCAUGUGGAGAGCUGUUGCAUGUUUAUAUUCCCGGAUACAUGAAACUCAGAAUUCUCAACAGAUUUGCCUUGAUUUAUCUUCGGGGAGAAGGUGCAGAGGAGAAGGCGUUGAAACUUAGCGGAAGUUGCAUGGGAGGACACACGUUAGUCGUGGAGCCUUACCCGUUUCAUGCCACACACCUUGACCAUAAGUUUGCUCCUACGAGAUACUUUGACAAUUUCAAAUAUAUCAGGUAA